GAAUGCAACGCGCGGCCAAUUGACGACGCGUUGGCAACGCACACAAGGGGGCUUAAUACGAUACCAACGGAGUUUCCCAUCUCCUCACAAGUAUAUCCUCCCUACGGCUGCGGACGUAUCAAACCGGAAAAAAAUAGAAGUUGUGAAAUGACAUCGAAAAUUCACGGAGUUGUGAUUUAAACACGGUAUUUUAGUCGUAUUUCUGUACUACUUUAAACUGAGCAUACAGUACAUUGUUGACAUGGCAGGAAAGCGGCGGGAACUACCGUCUUGGAUGGCAAGGAAGGAUGAGGACAGAGUGAAAGAUAAGGAGACACUGAAGAGGAUAACUUCAGGCAAGAGAACGAGGAAACGAGUUGAAAGAGUGGCCUUCUACUGCAUGAAUGAAAAGGAGCUGGUGGAGGCAGCUGUCAGUUAUUUGAAUGAUUUUGGAGGUGGAGAAGAUGGAGCUCGUCAUGAUGACAAACAGGUCAAAAGGAGUGUGGUGGGCUGCUCUAUGAAUGCAAAAAACAACUGUGUCAGGGAGAAGAAGAGGAGGCUGUCUGAGUUGGACGUGGUGGCGGAGUCCUCAGACUCUGAUGCACAGGAGAGGACGUAUGUCUCAGAAACGGACAUCGAUGUAGCCGAGGAGGACACUCUACUGUACGCUCAAAACAACAACACAGAGCAGGGACCUGAGGGUCAGAGUUCAGGACCAGGUCACGACGAUGCUGAUGGUCCAGGGGAUUUGGCUCAGGAUGUUGGAGCAGAGGACCACUCACGGUCACAGUCUCCCACAGCAGACGAUGAUGCCCUCAGGCUUGUAAGGGAGAUAUUCUUCACCUGAUGAUAAACCACAGAACACUUUGAGAUGCUUUCCUUACAAACUGAGAUGGGGGGGAUACAGUGAGGUCAUGUAGACUAGAGUGUAUUAAAAAUAGUCAAUGGGGGCAAAUGGGACCCAUAACAUGAAUGAUUUCCUUCUCUGCUAAUAGUGGGUUCUUGGUAAUGUUAGUAAAUACAUCUCCAUUAAAAGCAUUUAUGAGUACAGGAUUAGGUUUAAUCUGUGAAGUGUUUAUGCACCGUCUUAGAAAAGGCAUUGGGCCUAAAAACUGUCUCACUAGGUGCAACUAAUGAUGUGUACAAUAUUAGGCGCAACUGCUCAAGAUAGUUUCCCCUUUAAGAGCAGUGAAAGGGCAAUGACAUACUUUGUAAUAGAAACAAAAAUAUAUCAUUUUGAUUGAAGAAUAAAAAUGUGGAUACUGGGAUAUUCUAAAGGCACUUUUAUUGAUUCAAUGAAUUUUAUUUGUAAAGCUGCAAUAUGUCACUUUUUUGGUGACCUGACCAAAUUCACAGAAAUGAGAGAAAUCUUUGUUGACCAUCAACAUAGGCUUAUGAUCAACAGGCAUGUCAUACACUUCACAAUUUUGAUGAAGAAAUCAUGUACAUUUGAGACUCGUGAGCAAAAUUGGUGGUUUUAACUUAACAAUGAUUAUAAGGUAAAGUAGGUUAUCACACUCAUUUACUGGAACAUGACAGUUAGCCAAAAGGUAUGCAAUAUCUUUUUUAAUUACUUAGGCUAGUGGUCGAUUUAUUAAAAUGACUGUAGCAUUUUUGUCGUCAACAUUACUGACCACAGUACAGUAGGACUAUAGUAGUAGUAGUAGUCAAAGAGUAAAGUAUCUCUGUAUCAGAGUUUAUAUUGGAAACUUAAUUUGAUUUAAAAUAUGCAUCUAUGUACAGAACAGAACACAAACAUGAAAACAGACUAAAUAAAGUUAUGAAUAGUAUGUUUUGAAAAACAUUAUAUAGACAGUCAUUUAAAAUGUACACCCUUUUGGUUGAUCAUGUUGAACACAUUGAAGAACUUGAAAUAAACAAAUCAAAAGUU